AUGCUGACUGACAAUGACCGAGUCAAAGUUACCCAAAGUCAGGUUGAGCGACGCCAUAAUAAUGGAAUCUUUUACCGCGAGUCAGUUACAGGAAAGUCACCUGAAUUACUAGUUAAUAACCUGGAUCUCUCUUUUGAUAAGAAAAUCUUAUUUGAAGAUCUUGACUUUGCAGUAUCCUAUGGGGACAAGGUAACCAUAGUUGGAGAGAAUGGGAGCGGGAAGACAACCUUUCUGAAAUUGCUGUCCGGCAUAGAUGAUUAUCCUUAUUCUGGGUCGAUCGACUUUGAAGGUACAAUCGGUUUUUUGCCUCAACACUUCGAAGAAGUUGAGGGCGAUCUACUGGCAAUAAUAGUGUUGCUCAGAUCAUUGUACGACGAUGAAAUCGACGGAUUCUUAAAAUUGCCUCUCGAACCCUUCUCAUACGAGUGGUUCCAAGAGCUCAACUCACUAGGGGGUCAUGAGAUCUUCAAGCAAUUUUCCCACAUCGGACUAAAAGAAGAAGUAUUGAAACGUCCUUUCAAGUCUCUAAGUGGUGGUGAGAAAACUAAAACGCUUCUCUGCGCAUUAAGCAUACUGAAUCCCGAUUUCAUUUUACUAGACGAGCCGACAAAUCAUCUGGACAAUGUAGGAAUUGAGUGGUUAGAGUCCUAUUUGAAAAGAUUCACAGGCGCUGUUGUAAUGGUAACCCACGACCGUAAUUUAAUCAAUGCAGUUUCAAACUUCAUAUCAGAGCUAUCCCCUCACACCAAGAAGUUUACGCAUUUUAAAGGGGGCUAUAAGCAUUACUUGGAAGAAGAAAAUAAGAGGCGACAACGAUCGAUCGAAGAAAGGCGUUUCCAGGACAAGGAGCUUAAAAAACUGAAGUCUAAGGCUGUACAAGCACAAUCUAAAGUCAAGGCCCGAAUAAUUAGAUCCGGGUCAGAUCGGGAUAAACUGAGUUAUAAUAAUAAGGAGCAGCGAGCUCAAAAAGGCACUACCGGUCUUGUAAAUCAGCUUUCGGAAAAAGCCGAGCAUCUCAAUGAUAAUCUGGUGGAAGUUAUUCCCGACAGAUCUCACGUUUCCUUCGAUUUCGAUGAUCUUUCUGCUUUAAGCACUCUCUUGGGAGUUUCGGUAAAUGAGGUUUCGAAAUCCUACGAGAAGCAGAUUUUCUCAAAUGUAUCUUUUACGUUGACAAAAGGCGAAAGACUGAUAAUACAGGGGCCCAAUGGUUCUGGUAAAACGACCUUGAAUCGAAUACUCAUGGGUCUCAUCGAACCAGAUCACGGGUCCGUCUCAAUAAGCGGAAAUGCUGUUGUGGGAUUUUUGGAUCAGGAACAAGAGAGCCUCCCUCUGGAAAUGUCUCCGAUAGAGCUGCUAGAAAAGGAUCCUAAAAUAAAUGCAUCAAGGCAGACAGCAAUCCGUAACUUGCGUGAUUUCGGGAUUUAUAAAUGGCAUGAUCUGAAGAGUCCUCUCAAAGAUUUGAGCGUCGGGUGUCGUCGUAAAUCGCAGCUGUGUCAAAUUAUUAUGAGAAAAUGCUCUAUCCUUAUUCUAGAUGAACCUACCAACCACAUUGAUUUCCCGAGUUUGGAAGUUAUCGAAAAUGCUCUACUAACCUUUCCGGGUAUUAUAAUCGCCACAACGCAUGACAGAUAUUUCACGGAAAAGGUUGCCACCAAAGUAUUGGACUUUUCAAACUACAGCUCAUAA